UUUCUCUCUUCUUCUUCCCCCCCACUCAAGUGCACAGCUCAAGUGUGUGUAUACCCUCUUCCCCUGCAAGACAUCAAUGGAUAUUUUCUUCGAGACCCAGAAAGGCAGGCCUUUCUCCAUCGAAGUUGGUUUCUUCGACACUGUUCUCGAAAUCAAAGAAAAGAUACACAAGUACCAAGGCAUCCCCAUUCCCAAACAAACCCUAGUCUUCCAUGACAAAGUUCUUCAAGACGACCGUGAUGUUGAUUCCUGUGAGAUCCUCCACAACUCCCACAUUCAGCUCCUCGUUGCCUCCGAACCAGAUCACAUGUCUCACCUCACCAAGAUUGACGAUCCCACCUCACCCUCCAAAAAAUUAGUCCAUCUCAACAUCAACAUAAACCUUCCCUCUUCCAAAUCCCGCUUGCGUCUCCAACUGGAUGCAAACGACACCGUUUUAAGGUUGAAAGAGAAGAUCCAUGAGGCGGAGGCCGCUGUUCCCGUUAACAGAAUGGUUAUCCUCUCGGGGGGAACAGAGCUGCAAGAUCACCGGUGUUUAGGCGAGUGUGAUAACGGUGAGAUUGACGUGAGCUUGAAAGCGCCGUCUACGGCAGUGGGUGGGAAGAGACUGAAGGUGAUGGUGCUGCCCAAGUGCGGGACCAAGAAGAUUCCGGUGGAAGUGAACGCGUCGGAUAAUGUAGGGGAUCUGAGGAAAGAGCUGGCCAAGUUGCACCAGAGGCUGCAUUUCAAUCUGCCGCAGGAAGGUUAUUUUUUCAUAUACAAACAGAAUGUAAUGGACGACGAUCGCUCCUUUAGGUGGCACCAUGUUUCGCAAGGUGACACCAUUGAGAUUUUUAACGGGAGUGUUACCGGUGGAUCUUGAUUUCAAUAAAUACAUAUCAUCUGGGUGAUGCAGAUCAAUAACUGCACAUACAUACAUCAUGUCAUACAUGCGCGUAUAUAGAUAUAAUAUUGAUAUAUAGUGCUUUGAUAUUAUAAUAUGUGCGUAUUAAUAUUGACCGACUUUCACCCAAAAAUGUGGUUUGUUGGGGAGGCUCUGGUGUCCUGUUUGAUAAGUUGGCGAGGAAGGAACAAGGUGGUGGUGGUGAUGGGAAAAGAAACAUCGGACACCAUUAAUGCAGAGAAGAAAGAUUGGGUGGAGGAUCUCAGAGUGUGAAUUUCAAAAUUUGAUCCGAACGAAUAAAUUUUUCAUCUGUAGAAAUUGAUUUUUUUAUUUUUUAUUUCAAUAAAAAUGAUGAAUAAUAAAUUUGUGAUGAAUUCCCUAAAACUUCGGCAUUGUUUAACAAAUACGACUCAUUUACCAUCCAAAUACCCAACACCACCGCCUGCAAAAACCUAACGGAAACGUUCCUCCUCCGUCACCUCCGUCAUAACGGCGGCCUACCUACCCCCGUU